AUGUGCGCCGACGGCGUCACGCCUGCAGGAGGUGAGGGUCCGGGGGCUGCCGUCCGUGGAAGCAGCCCUCAGCCCGUGCUGCGCCAGCCAAGCCCUGGGCCGUGCGAGGAGACCUUACAAAGUCCAUUUUUUGCGGCUGCGCUGGCAGUGAUCAAGGGUGCUGCAGCGCAAGCGCUUGAGAUCCCACUGGCCCUCACCACAGAGUCAGUGAAGCCUUGCAACGACCUCUCCGGCCGGUUGACUCUAAAUUCAGUGGAGACCUUCCCCUCAAAGCCCCAGCGCACAAAGUUUGAGAAACUGGUGGCAGAGAAGGUCUCUGAAGAUGCGGCCUUUCGGGUGUUCACAGUACCCAAGGCCAUGGCCAAGGAGCUAUACGGCGAUACAUUCUGCGGUGCGGAUCAUCCAGAGGAAGAGCUUCCAGAUCCGUUGCAGCUUGUCAGUUUGUCGGAUUGGUGUCUCGCAGUCACUGAGUACCCAGUACUCAAAUCCACGGCCCAGCUGGGACGACUGGAGUUAACCGGAUUCAAGCACCGGAACGAGAAGGGCCACUUUGAGGUCAGCUUCAAAAUUCAUCCACCAGGUGCAGAUCCUCCUUUAGCAGAGGUUUCCACGACUCACGCUGCUCCGCCAGCAUUAAGUGAGCUUCUGCCCAGCGUGGCAGCAGGCUGA